AUGUCUUAUAAACUUCAUUAUUUCAAUGUUCGUGGUUAUGCCGAGGUUUCUCGUUUAAUAUUUGCUGCUGCUGGACAAAACUUUGAAGAUAUUCGUUAUGAACGUAAUAGUGAAGAAUGGACAAAACAUAAAAAUGAAAUGCCAUUAGGUCAAGUUCCAGUUUUAGAAUAUGAUGGCAUGAAACUACCACAAUCAAAAGCAAUAGCUCGUUUUCUUGCAAAUCAAUUUCAUUUAGCUGGAAAAGAUAAUUUUGAACAAGCAAAAGUUGAUUCGAUUGUUGAUACACUUUAUGAUUUAGUGGCAGCAUUUAUACCAGUUCGUAUGGAACAAGAUGAAACAAAACAAAAAGAAUUAGCUAAAAAAUUCUUUGAUGAAGAAUUACCAAAACAUUUAAAAAAUCUGGAAACUUUAGGUAAAAUGUAUAGUAAUGGUGGUUCAUUUUUUGUUGGAAAUCAAUUAACAUGGGCUGACUUAACUUUCUAUAAUUUUACAGACCUUAUCUUUCAAUCGAAUUCAGAUUGUCUCAAUAAUUAUUCAUGGUUACAAAACAAUCGUGCUGAAGUAGAAAAACAACCAAAAAUUGCUGAAUAUCUUAAAAAUCGUCCUAAAACAAUGUAA